AUGGCUGAGGCCACCCUCCAUAACGCCCCCAUUGUCAUCGACAAUGGCAGCGGGACAAUCCGCGCCGGUUUUGCAGGAGAGGAAGUCCCUUCAUGUUUUUUCCCGUCGUUCGUCGGUCGGCCAAAACACCCGCGGGUGAUGGCCGGCGGUCUAGAAGGAGAUGUCUUCAUCGGAUCGCGAGCACAGGAGUUGCGCGGCCUGUUGAAGAUUCGGUACCCACUGGAACACGGCAUCGUGACGGACUGGGACGACAUGGAGAAAAUCUGGCACUACGUCUAUGAGAACGAGCUGAAAACGCUGCCCGAAGAACACCCCGUCCUCCUGACCGAACCACCGCUCAAUCCCCGCAAGAACCGCGAUACGGCGGCCCAGAUUAUGUUCGAGACGUUCAAUGUGCCGGCUCUUUAUACGUCCAUUCAGGCCGUGCUGUCGCUGUACGCGUCCGGCCGGACGACCGGUGUGGUCUUGGAUUCAGGGGAUGGUGUUUCCCACGCGGUGCCGGUGUAUGAGGGCUUUGCGAUCCCGAACAGUAUACGACGGAUUGAUGUCGCGGGACGAGAUGUUACGGAACAGUUGCAGUUGUUGCUCCGGAAGAAUGGACAUGUGCUGUAUACGAGUGCUGAGAAGGAGGUGGUCCGGAAGAUCAAGGAGGAAGUGUGCUAUGUUUCGUUGGAUCCAAAGCGUGAAGAGAAGGAGUGGAUGAACAGUUAUCAUAAAUCGGAAACUAAGGCCGUGGACUACAGGUUGCCUGAUGGGCAUAAGAUCAAGAUUGGUCAAGAACGCUACCGCGCUCCUGAGAUCCUUUUCGAUCCCGAGCUGAUCGGCCUGGAGUAUCCUGGUGUUCAUCAGAUCGUCCAGGAUGCGAUUACCCGCACAGACCUGGACCUGCGCAAAGAUCUAUAUCUGAACAUUGUCCUGUCGGGAGGUUCGACGCUAUGCAAAAAUUUCCCGGACCGACUGAUGCGCGAGAUCAAACGAUUGGCUGUGGAAGACAUGAAGAUCCGUAUCUCUGCGCCAGCCGAACGAAAAUAUACGACCUGGAUCGGUGGAGGAAUCCUGGCUGGUUUGAGCACGUUCCGCAAGAUGUGGGUCAGCGCGGAUGAAUGGCAUGAAGACCCGGAGAUCAUCCACCGGAAAUUCGCCUAAUGCUGCAUUCAACCCCUUGAACGCAAGACAGCACAAGUGACGCUAGUCAUCCACUGUUCGCGAACAGCGACACAGUGACCGACCCAAGCUAAACGCACAUUUAGUGAUGUUACUGAGAAGUCACGAACCCUCGAUAGAACCGUCAGCUGCUGUUGUCCGCAGAUGAGCAGCAGCUUUUGAUACCCCUCUUUUUUCUCACCUUAGCACCCCCCCCUUGUGAUAUACUCAUGGCAGAUGCUGCCAUACCCUCGUAUCAUCUCUAUUUCUUCACCCACCAACUCACGCACACACACCCCAUGUCCUAGCGGACAUGCUCGAUCAUCCAUCACAUUUCUCGCCGGCUAUCAUGACCACGGAUGAAUCGACUCGUGUGUUUCUCUUCUCUGCACCUUGUCUAAUUGUUAUGUCUGACCCCCUAUGGUGUGGGCGGUUCGAAUUGAAUUAAGCUGUGUAAAUAUUGGGAUAGAUAAAUGAAUCUGUAUGAAUUGCAGUCUUGAUCGGCAUAAGUACAUUAGAUAUGGACAGGUCUCAGUUUGCAAACAGUAUAUUAGUGCCUAUUUGACUCAGUAGUUUAGAGGUACUAGACAACUUUGUUCAGAAGAGCGUGCUUAGUCCACACGUAUACAACUCAAGCACUAACUACUACGACAUCAUAUCC